AGAGUGGACUGUUCCAUGUAUCUCGUGAUGGACUGAAAAGAGUUCCAACCGACGUCGGCUUGCUGAGGUAAACACAUUGCAAUGACAAAUUGACAGUGCUGCUGGCUAAGCGCGACUGAUAUCUGAGGAGUCUUUGAAGUAGCAAGAUGGCGGCACAGUCGGCAGGAUCUCACAAUGUUGAUGUUCGUGAGCUCUUCAACAUGCUCGAAUCAAACGACAUCAAUGUGUCAAACGACAUUACGAAACUAGUGCAAGAAAAUCUCGCUUCAAUCAAGGAGGCGUGGCUUGUUUGCAGUCUUGUGGAUUACUAUUACAUAUCCGUAUCAGAAAGGACCCUCCAAAUUAUCAAGGACGUCCGUGAACCUCAUGAUAAGCACCUGGUAGAUAAACUAAACGAGGGACUGAAGAGUGUGGAGCACCGUCUACCUGCAAUGAAGAUCUUGUUGUCUCUGGCCUGUAAACAGCCGAUCUGGGUCCACAAACUAGUCACUCAUCAGAUCUUCCACGCCAUCAUCAAAACUCUAAAGACAGAAACGGACAUUCCUGUGGUUACGACUGGUGUGAUGACGCUCACAGUACUUUUGCCUUCGGUUCCUGCUCUCAUCGGCAACCAACUGACAGAAAUCUUCACCAUAUUUAGUCGUUUGAUAGCUUUUAAUGAAAGAAAACCGGGAAAUGUGCCGGAUGUGUUUCUGCUUCACUUACAAGUAGCGUUGUACUCUCUCUUCCAUCGACUGUAUGGCAUGUUCCCAUACAACUUCCUCACAUUCCUCCGGCACCACUAUAACAAGAAAGAUAAUACGAAGGUGUUUGACGAGUUUGUGAAGCCCAUGUUGGACAGAGUGAGACUUCACCCACAUCUCAUAACUAGCUCCAGGGACCACGAAAUCUCUCCCAAAAGGUGGCGCCAGAUGGAGGCCCAGGAUGUGGUCAUUGAGUGUGCCAAGAUGUCUCUAGACAUGACUGAGGGAAUGUGGGAAGAGUUGACAUGUCCCAUCCUCACUCCCCGUCACAUGGUGUUCCAACCCUCCGCCAAGAAACCUUCACUCAAAUUGGUCACUCCUGAGCAAGAUGGAACUGCGAUGAAUGCAACUCACCAGCUAUACCUGGCCUCACAGGAGCUGAGCCCUCCCUGUCUGACCUCAGGGGCUGACGGGAUGGGGCUGUGGAGUCCCUCUGUAGUUGUCGGGCUCUCCACACCACCACCCUCCCAGCAGACCACGCCUUACUCCAACAGCUACCAUGAUACCAGCAGAUAUAAUUAUGGUAACACUCCCUCGGCAACUCCGCCUGUGGAUACACCCAGAGCUACAUCUCCCAAUAACGAUGAUUUGGACAAGAGUUUUAGUAGAACAAGUAGCCGAAGUCUCCUUACUGCUAAGGGAAGUGAGCUGAAGCGACUCAGCACUGGCUCCGCGGUGUCCGCCAAGGCUGGAGGGGCAUCUGUCACAGACGGAAAGCCAACAAGUGUUCCCCCCUCUCCACUCAGAGCCGAAUUUACCUCAGACCCCCCACAGGGCCCCGGCAUAUUCAAACCGGUUCGCCCGGCCAUCAGAGAACUCAAAUUUUAUCCCAUCACGGAGGGUCAACAAUCACUGGAUCAGGAGAGAACCGAGUCAGCAAAGGAGUUGGCUGAAUGUGAAAGGCCAGAUUUAAUGGAGUCCUUCUCAAUGGAUACUCUCCCGCGUGUCAUGGAGGAUUUAGCCGGGCAAAGAGAGAAUCCUGAUAAUGACGACGACAAUGAUGAUGAUCAGGAAGUGUCGGAACUAACCAGCCAAACAGCCACACUGACAGCAGAGUCAGUUCAGUUGUUUAUGAGAAAGGUGAACAGGAUACGUUUCAACAGUCUAACGGCAACCAACAGCAUUUCGGAGAAACAGAAGUUUGGUGCACGGUCAAGGUCUUGUCCGCACUUGCCAAAAAUAGAAUCUCUUGAGUCUGAAGGCGAUGAGACUGACUGUGUUUCACGGUCAGCUUCUGCAACUCUUAAAACCAUGGCCAGUCCUAAGACGAAUGAUAAGCUUAGUCCCCUUCAGGACCAAACGAUUCUAUCUGAGUCAUGUCCAAGAAUGACCUCAACAAAUGGAGUGAAACUUUCGGUGGACAAGACAACUGGUUCAGAUUUGUUAACAAGGACAGUGACAAAGGAAAAAUCGGUACCAUCCUGCCCCGUGAUGUCACCUGGUGCUGGCCAGGACCAGUCACCUGAUGUUAGUAGUAAGGUGUUGCCAAACAUGUUUAUAGACAUGAUGCGGACCAUGCUACAGCCAGGGUCCUUAUUGUUGUGCCAGAAAUGUAACCAGAGCAAUGCUGACGGCAGUCCUUUGACAGCAUUAGGUCCUGCUGGAAUGGCCACGUCUUUUUCUCCGCCAGAGUUGCUGGACCGCCAUCUCCGUCUGGGAGGUGAGGUACACGCCAAACAGCUGUCUAAGAUACCCAUCACUAGUCAUGACUCCACCAGCUGGACACAUUUUGGAGGGAUGCCUCCAGCAGAUGAAGUGAAUAUUUUGCGGGGACAAAUUUUCAUGAUACAGAACCAACUCAUGUACGAGCGACAUAAGCGGGAACUUCACGCCAAGAAGAACCGACGUCUGCUCCGCAAAAUAGCCAAUGCCAAAGCUGUUGAAGAGCAAAACAAUGCAAUGUCUGACCAGCUGAGCCAAUAUGAAAGGGAAAUUCAAAAUAUGCAGCUUUCCCUGCAUCUUCUACAAGAAGAAAAUCGGCGCUAUAAAGAGUCGCAAGAGAGCAACGAAUACGAAAGUAAAGUACAAAUGAGAUCCUGCUUGGCAGAGAAUGAGGACUUGAAAUCAGCAAAGAGUGAGCUGACAACACUGUUAGUAAGGCAGAGAGAAGAACAGGACUUACUGAAACAGCGCUUACAGGAAACAGAAUCAAAGCUUUUCAAAUCUGACAAGGAGAAAUGUCACCUACAGGAGGAGGUGCAGUUCACACAAAAACUGAAAGAGCAGGUGUUCACGCUACAUAAGGAGGUACUACUGAUGGGAGAACUACACCAGCAUUACCAGGAGCAGAUCAACUCAGCUAGGAUCCACUCCAAAACCAAGCAUGAACAGGACCUCCAUGUCAUGUCCCAGACAGCCGAGAUCACAGCAUUAAAGAAGGCAUUAAAAAGUGUAACCUUGACGGGUGAGGCGAGCCAGGCACGUGUCAAUCAACUGGAAGCUACUGUCAAAACUAAGGACAUAGCCUUGGCGGAGAUCAAGCAGAGUUUAGCGGAUGUGAUUACGAACCACCAGGAGGAACUCAAGUCUAUAGAGGAGAAGUACCAGUGUAUGCUGAAGGUCAACCAACAGCUAGAGGGUAAAAUCCUACGUCUGUACAGCCAGGUGGACGAACUCGGCAGGCCACGACAGACUAAAGAAUCACCAGACCUGAAAGUUUCCACGGAGGAGUCUCCAACAAGGGAGAGAACUGGAUCAGAUCCCACUAUAGUUACAAAUGUUAGUAAAACUCCACUGUGUAAAAUGACAAGUGUUCCCACAUACUGUGAAAUGAAAGAUCAUGGAUCUGAUAUGUUAGCAGCUGGUUCUAGUCAGGAAAAACACCAGCCAAGAAACGUGUCUCCACCGACAACACAUUCUGUUGGGGGAGACGUCAUAGUGCAACCGAACAUGACACGGACAAUGGAGUGUGAUAAUGGGUCUGUGUCGUCACGGGAGUCAGGAAUGUUUGCCCCUCAUCGUAGUGUGUAUAGUGAAGGGGAAGACCACUCACUCUCCUCAAGGGGAAGUAACUUGCUAGACAGUGGAUAUAGCACAUAGUAAUUUCAUUAAUUUCUGUGUAUUUUUUUCAGGGUUGUGUUUUUUAUUUUCUUCUACUGGUUUUAUGAAAAAUACGAUCUUCCCAAGGUUGCAACAUCAUCCAGGUAUUCUAGUUUUCACAUUACAUCAUGCCAGUAAAAUAAAAUGCUAUUCAAUUAUGCUGCAAUAAAUUAUUAUCGGCUGAAAAUUUUGCUUCAAAAAACCUCCUGAAUGACUACAUUGCGAUGAAACUUUGUACACAUACACAGUGUCAUAUAUUAAUCUGUUCAACAGUCUCUAACCACUAGCCUAGGUCUA